UUCUGUCUUGCCGGGUUGUCUCGGACUGAAACCUCCCGCUGUCACUGCGUCUUUACGCGCGGAGCAUCCCGUUGCGCGCCCGGCAGAACCCCUCCAUCCUGCUCCCUCACCGCUGUGGAUACACCCCCAACACACACACACACACACACACCCCGCGAUGGACGACGAGUAUCUGUCUAACUUACCCCCGGCUCUGCCUGGAGACUCCGAGGCUCUGAGCCCCAACUCCACCGAGGAGCCCGGCUGGUGGGCGUCCUCAGACGGCGGGGAGACGGUCCACUUCGCCGUGCGCUGCGUCAUGACCUCGGUGUACAUCCUGAUCAUCACCGUGGGUCUGCUGGGAAACAUCACCCUGGUGAAGAUCUUCAUCACCAACAGCGCCAUGCGGAGCGUGCCCAACAUCUUCAUCUCCAGCCUGGCGGCGGGAGACCUGCUGCUGCUGGUCACCUGCGUGCCGGUGGACGCCUUCCGCUACUUCUCUGAGGAAUGGGUGUUCGGCGAGGCGGCGUGCAAACUCAUCCCCGUCAUCCAGCUCACCUCGGUCGGCGUGUCCGUGUUCACGCUGACGGCGCUCAGCGCAGACAGGUAAGGCGGGAGCCUGGCAGAGAGGACCACUUCAUUUUCUCUCAUUUCAUUUCAUGCUCCUCAGUCUCAACACAAGGCACCCAAACGAUGUUCAUGUAAAACUGCUCUGAAGCUGCUGAUUGUUCUUUAUAACCUCUGAGGUGAUUAGAGUGAUCUGACAUGGUGACAGUGGACUGGAUGGUUCAUCUUACUGAUCGUUUCACCUUUGAAAAAAUCUCUGGCAGUGGUGCAAUGUCACUAAGUAUUUUUACUGAGCAUGGAUUUGAGGUACUUUGCAUGUGUUGAUGCCACUUUACAAUCGUAACCUGCUACAAUUCAAACAGGAAUAUUGGUACUUUUUUACUCCACAACAUUUAUUUUACUAAAUGAACAACUAAAUCAACAAACAUCUGUUUUUACUGUUGUGGAUUAAACCACCUCUGUUACUCAGACAUGACUGCAUCAACAGUCAGACAGAGGACAUUUUCUGCUCUCAUUACCUUCACUUAGGUAACACGUUUCAACAGUUUCAGAGUAUUUUUACAGUGUAGUAUUACUACUUUCACAUACAUCAAAGUACUGAUGUGUGGUUCUGGACAUUCUACCCACAGUGUUGACAGGUCGUAGUGUGGAUGUGGAGGUGAGUGAGUGCAGCCCCAUCUUCUUUUUCCUCUGUGUGGUGCAGAGUAACAGUACUGUAUAUCAGUACUCCAUUGCAUGUACACAUUUAUUUUCCAGUUAAACUUUCUGCAUAGAAACCACAGAAUGACUUUAUCAUAUAGAAUAUGCAUCUCGACCUGCCACAACAUUAAAAUGCUGGGAACCAUUUUCUAAUAAUGGACUUAUUUUAAAGCUGCAGAGUGGAACAUUUGUCUCCUCCUUCUGGCAGUGAGAGUAAUUACACAAACACUGUCGGCUCCUGCUCAUGACCACCGGUCGCUGUAAUCCUUCCUCCCAACACUUGAGUUUUUCCACCACAGUCCCAGCUGCUGCAGCCUGCUGCAUCUACACCAGCUCUGACAAACCAGUCACUGCUGCUGGACAUAAAAUGCAUCACUUCAGGUGCACCCAGUGUGGGAAUGUCACCACAGUUACCAGGUGUAAAAUACAGAGAUUUACCAGGUGCUGAUGGGCUGAAUCAGCAGGGAGGGCUUGAAUGUAACAGACAUUUAUUUUUAUGGAAAGGUCCAGUACAGUAAUUCUAUCUUUUAUCAGUGAACCUUAGAUCAAUCGCUGGCCAUAGUCAGAAGUCAUUCUGCAUGACAAGUGCAGUUACUUUCCUUCCUUCCUUCCUGUUGUGUUCACAGCAGGACUCUGUGCUCGGACUCUGAUCCUGAAGAGAAACUGAACUGCAGCUCAUCACACUGUUUGAAUUCACUGAGACUCUGUUGGAGCAGCUGAGAUAUUAUUUUUUCAGUGUAAGAAAAAUAUUAGAGAGACGUCUAAUUAAGAGGAGAUGCUGAUUCCCAGCAGGUUUCAUCUUAACUGGAGAGUCAGAGGUUCACUCAGGUAAAGAGACCGGAGCAGUUCGACAUUAACCGUGGAGCAGGGAGUCUGUUCUAAAAAUCCACUGUUUGAUGAAUUAGAGAUUUACUUGGAGCAGGCAGACAAAGAGUCUCUGGAGCCUCGUACGUACUAGGCAGCAUAAUUACAGCUGGUUAGGCUGAUUUGUGGCGCAGCAUUGAUUAGUAUUAGAUAAUGUCCAUUCCUGUCUGAACGGGGGGGGCUGACGAUAAGAGAUAGAAGCAGCAGGACAGGAAGAAAACACUGAAGAGAAUAAUGACAGAAAAAAGUGGUUGUUGUAGGUCAUGCCUGCAAAGUGAGGACAUUCUGGACAUUUAGGACAUAGAGGGCUGUUUGUGGGAGGAGUGGACAAACCUGUGCAGUGAGGACAUUUUUCAUGAGUAGUGAGAACAUUUGCAUAAAGUCAUGACAUUUUAGUAAAAUACAGGCCAUUUUAGAAAAUGUGGACACAGAGUGGAGACAGUUUUGUGUGUUUUUCUAAAGCUGAAAUAUUUUGGGAUUUUGGGGACAUUUAAAGCAAGACGAGUUUAUGACGUUAAUGAUCGAGUCCGGACAUUUUUGAAAUUUGUUACAUUGUUGUUAGACAUUUGUUAGGAGUUGUGCACUGUCCUCUCCUGUCCACAGGCUGUAAGACCUGGUGUUAGGGUUGAGGUUUUAAGGUUUAGGUUAAAGCUCUGGUUUCCCUGACAGCAGCACACCAACAUCCCUGAGCAUCAAAUAUUUAUCAUGUUUCAGGACCUCUGUGCAGUUCUGAGUCCAGUCAGUCAUCCAGGGCUCUAACCCCUGAUACACAGUGUUUGUGAGAGUCUGCAAACACUCAGAGAAAUACGCACUGGAUGUAUGUGUGUGUGUGUGUGUGUGUGUGUGUUUUGGUAUGCAGAGAGCGAGUGUGUACUCAUACAGUAUUAUACAUAAAAGAGGAGGGAGAAAGAGCAGAAGAGAGAGAUGAAUGAACAUGAUGAGACGAAGUGAAAAACUGAAUCUGAAUGAGUGACAGAAAGAGAGAGAAAGAACAGAGAUGAUAAUAAACUGUGCUGUGAUGCUGAUGUCUGCAGGGACGGUGCUGGUUGCAUGUUAAACAUCAGCAUCAGGAGCUGCAUGUGCAGCUGACUGGGUUAAAUAAACCACACUGGUCACUGGCUGCUGUUUGCUGACAGACAGCUGUGGUUCAGUUCUUGUCUGGAGCUCAGAGGAUGUCAUGAAUGAAGGAGGAGAAGUUUUCCUCGCGGAGCGUUCACUGGCCUCCUUCAGUUGGAGCUGCAGUGAUGCUGGAUGGCGUAUCUGUAGUAAAAGCAGCUGAAUGCUGUCUGUUGUAUCAGCAGAGGCAGAAGCAGAAACAGGAGGAGGUGGGAGGUGCAGUCAAACUAACAGCAGUUUACAGGUGCAAACAGGUCUAACUGUAUGUAUGUGUAUUAGCUGUAGUAUUCAGACAGUCUGACUGAUACGUCUGCAGGCUGUUAACAGGUGACAUAUUAACAUCAGUGUUGGAGGCAGCCCAGUAUCC